CACGCCCACUUUGGUUGCUAACGCUAUAGUUGAGAAUGGCUCUAUUAUUGUUUACGUCCUGAGACUUGAACGGCGCAAUGGCGAAUGAAAGAGAAGGAAAAACUACUAAAAUGGCAAGUAACUCCAAGUCAUGAAAGUGAUGAAAACUAGUACUGAAACAUAUAUGUUCCGAAACUCAUGGAGUUACGCAACGCGACACGGAGGCAAUUAGUGUUAAGGAGCGGGGCGCGAAGCCGCAAAAGAUCCGCCAGUAUGAAGCGGGACGCGGUGAAAGUUUUGAGGUCGCUGCCGCUUCAGGGCAACGACCCAGGUGACACGACCAUCGAAGAGGCCUGCUUUACCCUGGGCUUGUCCAAGCGGGCCAGCCUCGAGAGUGCUGGCGUGGUCAUGGCACCGCGGUACAACCUACUCCGUGAAGUGGGUCGGGGAAGCUACGGGAUCGUCUACGAGGCCGUGGCCCGUAAAACCGGUGCUCGCGUGGCGGUUAAGAAGCUCCGUUGCGACGCACCAGAGAAGGUCGAGCUGGCCCUGGCUGAGUUUUGGGCCUUGGCGAGCGUGGAGAAGAAACACGAAAACAUCGUCCAGCUGGAGGAGUGUGUGCUGGAGAGGAAUGGCAUGGCGCAGAAAAUGAGUCACGGAAACAAAAGAUCCAAACAGUAUUUACGAUUAGUGGAGACUUCAUUAAAAGGUGAGCGCAUCCCUGGUUAUCCCGAGGAACCAUGCUACCUCUGGUUUGUAAUGGAGUUCUGUGAAGGAGGCGACCUGAACCAGUACAUCCUCUCACGGCUGCCUGACCCACGAACCAACAGGAGCUUUAUGAAGCAGCUGACCAGCGCUGUGGCCUUCUUACACAAGAACAACAUUGUCCACCGCGACCUCAAACCCGACAAUAUCCUGAUCUCGCAUAGAUUCGGCACGCCCAUCGUCAAGGUGGCCGACUUUGGUCUAAGCAAGGUGUGCGCCGGGCUCAGUUGUGUAGAACAUGGGUCUGAAGGCAGCACUGAAAAGAACGUCAAUGUCAACAAGUUUUGGUUGUCAUCAGCAUGCGGUUCAGACUUCUUUAUGGCGCCCGAGGUUUGGGAAGGCCACUACACGGCUAAGGCAGACAUCUUCGCACUCGGCAUCAUCAUCUGGGCUAUGCUCGAGCGGAUCACGUUUAUUGAUGGGGAGUCGAAGCGCGAGCUCUUGGGCACAUACAUCCGUCAGGGCAGUGAGAUUGUUCCAGUGGGUGAGGCACUGCUCGAGAACCCCAGGAUGGUCCUGCACAUCCCACAGAAGCCACGCAGCUCAAUGUCCAAAGCAGUCCGGAUGCUUCUGCAUGACAUGCUAGCCGUGAAUCCGGAGGAUCGACCGGAUGCCUUCCAGCUUGAGCACAGAAUGGACCAAGUCACGAGUGCCACAUGAACCAGAAGAGAUGCACUCCAAGCUGAGUUAUAGGUUCGAGAGCAGCACGAGCGUCCGAUCGCUCAGUGCGAUGGGGAACAGGAUCUACUAGUCUCAGAACUGUGACGCGUGUAUCAGUAUGAUGACAGGAAAUUAAACUCUUCAGUUUGUGAUGGAAAUCAGCCUGGGGCUUGCAAAUCCCACAAACGAUCACGCCUGACAUUUCUGCAUGUCUGGUCUUCAGUUGUUUUUCCCGUUUUCCUUCUUUUAAGACUUAUCAGCACGGUUUAUAGGUUUUUGCCCAUCAUUUUUUUUGUUUUGUUUGCGUGCUUCUUUGUUGUAUCGGUGGGACCACAGACAGGAGAAAACUCGACAUGUUGCACUUUGUUAUUCUCAACUCUGCACUUCUCACAACCUUAAAGGGCGACCGUGGCCGGCGUUCCAGAUUCUAAAAUGUUCUUUGGGAUGUUGAGGAAUGUUCUGGAGUCAGCACGGGAGUAAUAAUAGUCAUCGAAAAGCACACUGUGAAAAAAGUGUGUGUGUGUGACUGAGCAACAGCUUCCUGUUCCAUAAACUCACUCCUGUGCCUUAUUUCAUUUUUUUUUAAAAUUUGUCACAGAUUUGAUAUAUUUUGAACUGAAUCCUCACUUAUCCUUGCAUGCAAAAAAGGACAGCACUACAAAAAGGCCAGGAUUCAGUGCUAGAGGGCAUUUUAUUUUUAUGUAGUGUUUUUUUGUGUGUGUAAAAAAACUUGCAUAUUCCAAAAUAUGCACACACUAAUUAUGUUCAUUUUGCAGGAUUGUGGUCCAAGUAAGACGUUCAGAGUUCUUCCAACAUCCCUUCAGCUACGUGUUAAUGGAGUCCAUUAUGCUGCAAAGCCUUCUCUAAAAUGUACAGUUACAAUUUAUCAUGAUAUCUUUAUCAUGUUAGAUUGACCAGCCGUAGAUAAAAUAACAAAAUAUGAUUAAAAAAAAUAUGUGCCCCCCUGACCCAUAUGACCAUACAUGACCCUUAUCUAUUACUUCACUGGAACUAAGAUUCUCCAACACUGUUCCAGCAUGACAAAGCCGCUGUGCACAAAUCCCCUGAGCUUUAUGAAGACAUGGUGUGGAGAUGAAGGUUGAAGAACUCAAGUGUCCUCAAGAGUCUCCUCAGCAUCCCAACAGCAGGGUCUGAUCUCACUAAUGCUCCUGUAGAAUGUGUGAAUGAAUGAACACUAAUCCCCAUAGCUACACUCCAAUAUCUAGUGGAAAAUUUUCCGCUAAUAAUAAGUGGAGGUUAUUAUAUCAGCAAAGGACAUGGGUGUAAUGGUCAGGGGUGCACAUAUUUUGGUGUUUUUAUAUCUGUGAAACCUACAUCUUUAUCAGUUUUCAUUAACUUUAUAUAGUUAUUAUGUUGACCCUUCAGUUGUGUACAGGGUGAAAAGGGAAAUACAUGGACUUCAGUUUUGGGAAUUUUAGUUUAUUGUCUGUUUAAUCAAGUUUCAUGAGUCAACAGAGAUUGUACAUAUCAAAGAAGACAUGAACACGCUGCUUCCCCUGAACUGGCCAGAUGCUGUUUUUAUAUCAUAUCCAAGGCCGUGUCGAUUGCGGCCCUCUUUCCACAAUCUUUCUGCGAGGUUCAGUUUCCGGCUCAUAUUGUGAACUUGUUGAUUUUCCUGGUUUACUUGUUCGAUGGUUCUACCUCAUUUUUUCCACCAUGUUCUUGAUGUUGGGUCAGUGACGGUUUAUUUUGCUAUAACAGCAUGCUGACUUUGAGCUAUAUUAGUUGUGUAGCUCCUGUGAUAUCUAGCUAAUUAAAUAACAAACAAAUAAACAAAAAAAAGUGUGGUGUUGUUUAUUUGCUGUUGUUUUUUAUUGUAAUUUUGAUAUAUUUCAUAAUAUAUACCUCUUACCUGAGGCCACCUACUGCUUUUCCUGAAAAAUUCACGCUUACUGGGACGUUCUUGUCUUUUAUCGUUGUUGUUCUUUUACUGCAUCAGUAACCGAUGCUCUAUAUACCUCAAACCAUCAUCACAUGCCAUUCUCAUCUGCUUUUCCUCUAAGUCAGGAAGAAUUUCCUCUGAUUAAACGUUUGCAGGUCAAACGCACCCGCUGCCACGGCUAAUCAGCGGGCUAAAAGGAAAAGGCAGAAAUCUUCGGACAUUUCAGACAAACUGCUAUGAACAGAGAACUUGGCACUUGACCUACAGAUAUUUCUUUCUUUCUAUUUAGAAAAUCAUGGCGUUAAUGUUCUUUAUCUACAUUUUUAUGUCCGUUUAAUUUGAUUUUGACUGAAUGUUAAUAAACAUUCAAAGAUUCUGUGAAGUAUUGUUUUAUCAUGUACAUAUUUUUUUCCUAAAUAAAUGAGCAAUGAAAUAAACAGUUU